UUUGUACGCCGUUGUAUUUUUUGAUUCGUCCCUUUGUAAUCCUUCCUCUGCAGACUUGCUCUACAUUGGUGAAGAAGCGGAAGACUAACGAAAAAGGGUUCGUAAAGGAGACAUUUAAUCAGUUCAAUUCUCAAUUCAAUCAAAAGGUGCAAAUGAAUUGCGAAGUUUGCCAACUGAAAGAACUGGAAGUGGAACAGUUUGAGAUCGGGGAAGUUUUGAGAUGUAUACUACAUACAAUUAUGUUUCAUAGGGCUCUAGGCCUAGUGCGACCAAAAGAUGUUGAUUUGGAACUUUUUGAUAUCACAUAUGUUCAAUGUGUUGAUUUGGAACUAGAAAAGAAGAUAGACGAAAAGAUUGAUCAAUUCAUUUGUUGGGUAGAGAAGCACCCUAAUAAGAAAAGUCAGAUAUGCCUAUCCUUCUAUGAAGUAAAGAGCAAUAAAGCAAUUUGGUUCUCAAACAAAGUUGAACGCCUGUAUUGGGAACAGUGGUAUAUCAAUUUGAAUGUCGUACAACAUUAUAAACCAAUCUCCAGCAAAUCUCAUGUCUCCAAAGUUGUAGAUUCAGAGGGUGCAUCGGAGGAGAGAAGUGUCCGUAGAGCUGCAAUCGAGGGAUCACUUCGAGAGGUUCUUUUUCAAAUAAUUAAAUUCGUGAAUGAGAAAAAGGAUCACAUUCCACCCAUUCCUAGUCGUGAAGGCAUCUCAUUCCCUUAUGAGAUUACUAUCCCAAGUUCAUCAGACACUACGUUCGGGAUGGAUAUGAUCAAAAGGAUGCUGCAAACAGGCCACCCAACCAUGCUUAGCUGAGUGUCCGAUGGUAAAUUGGCUCAUCUAACUAAUUUAUCUAUAGUAGUUUAGUGAUCCCAAGAAAACAUUAGCAUUUAUGUUCAAUCUCAUCACUUAUGUACAGUAUGUAGGUCUUCAGUUCUUCCAAAAAGAUCUUUUUACCUAUUUGCAUACAUUUAUAAUAAAUAAAUUUUGAAAUUCAUCUCGUAACCUUGAUGUUGCUUGCAUAGGCGCCCUUGUUGCGUCCACAACUUAUUUAGGUUGCUCAAAUUCCUACAUACUAUUUUUUUCAUGUUAAAAACCAUUAUAAUAAAAUUUGUUUGAUUCGGAAUUGUACCAGCCUAUCGUAUGCUAAAGUUUUGGCGCUUUCGUGAUUUUUACCAAGUGUGCUAGUAUGUAUGGCUCAAGAUUUGAGAUUGUUUGACUUAGAAGGCGGAAUCUUUUAGGUUAACAAUUGGAUUAAGGGAUGAAUUUAGGUUAGAGGGUUUUAUUUGGAUGAAUGAAGAUAAGAUAUAAUUCAGAUUGAAUUAUUCCUAAUUAAGAUAGAAGAGUUGGGAUUAACACUAGGCAUUUUUGUCGUAAAAUAGAAGAGAUGAAAAGAAAAAAAGAAGAUAAUUUUUGCACGGGGAUGACGAAUCCUAACCAUCUUCAAAGUUUCACUCAGAUAAAUAAUUUGGAGAUUUUAGGCAACGUAAAUAUUUAAAGAAAAUUCGAAUUUAUUAAAAUUCUGAAUUGAGAAAAGCUAGAAUAUUUAGUUCAUUGAUAUUAAGCCAGAAUAUUUAGAAAUUGAUAUUAAGAUAUAAUUUGGUGGAGAUUCAAGGUGGGGUGAUACUUGGGAAGAAAUGACUUAUGGUUUUGAUGUGACAUAAUCAGAAAUUUAACUGAUUGUGAAUGGAUUUGGUGAUGGAAGAUUGAAGAUUUAAUGGUGGAUUAAUGGGAUUGACGUAUGGAAUUAAGCAAAAAUAUAUUUUUUUGAUGGUUUAAUGGUGGUGAAUGGAUGGAAAAUGGAUGGUUGUUAUGGAAGAUGAAUGGCUAGAAGAUGAAUGAUGAUUGAUGGCGUGGGAAACAAGAAGUGUGAAAUUUCAUGUUCUCCAAAUUAACAGAUUAGAUUAGAUAAAUUUCGGAUCAAGCGAGGGUGAAUUUUACUCACUCCUAAUUAUGAAAGGGUUAAGGAAGAAAUAUUGAAAAAACACAAAUUCUAAUUUAUAACAAACUGACAUUGAGUUUUAUUGAUUUGUUAAAGCAAGUACCAAUAAUCUUAAUGAUGACGUUAACUUUAAACAUAUAAUCGAACAUGCUUUGUCUUGUACUUUAGAGAGGGUCGAUAAAGAUGUGUUGAAUAUGGGUGAUUUAACGUUUGGAACGAUUCAUAAGAGUUGCUUGCUCAAAGCAACAAAUAAAGAAGCAGACUGUGAGUGGCUCGAUCAACCGCUCGAUCGAGUAAAGUCUUGCUCGACCGGUCGAGCGGUGUUGGCUCUGUCGAGCAAAGUGUCCAGAACAAGUCAGUAGCUUCACUGGAAGCUUACUCGACCGAGCGAGGUAGUGGCUCGGUCGAGCGGAAGUCCAGCAGACUACCUUGGAUCCUGUUUUUGGUCAGAAUUUAUAAUGACUAUGCAAUAAUUUGGUGCAUUACUCUAUUGUUUAUUGUCAUGGUUAAUUAGAUUGUUAAUUGGGAUGUUACAUGUGAGUUUAUGGUGAGGAUUCAUCACUCAUAGUAACAUUCACCACAAAACACACAUAUUGUUGAGAAGGCUAGUGCAUUGUUAGAAACUUGAGAGUGUUCUUACUUUGCUUUAGUAUUUGUGGUCUUGAGAGAUUGUUCUCAAGAUAAGGGAGGUUUAUUAUACUUGUAAUUGUUGAAUUCAUUAUAAUAAACUAUAUGUGAGGAGGAGGUAUUCAAGAUACCGCAUAAACAUUUUGUGUUCAUCUUUUGCAUUAUAUUUUUCAUUUGUUUUUCAUUGUUGAACCUCUUUGAGACUUUCGUUUUUCAAUUAAUGAAAGUUUUAUUUGUAGUGGUACUGAAUGAAGAGGACAAAACUCAAUAAAAUUCUAAUAAAAUUCACGGCCGCUUUUGGGAACGAUAGCUUGAGAUGGAUAGGUCAAUCAUAGUUUUGUUAAUAUUUGUUCAGUAGUUGAUCUAUUCAAGUUGUUGAUAUCUUUAUUCCCUCUGUGAUAGAGUAUUUGCAUAUAGAGCAAAAUAUUUGGGAAUCGAUCUCUACUGGACGCAAAGGUAUGACCUGGGGGUUUCUCUUUGCGCACAUCCCCUCUUUACUCUCUCUUUAAGGGUACUGGUAUGGUCAUCAUCGUCAUCAUCAUCCUACCCAGUAUAUCCAGCUCAUAGAAAAAUAAGGUCAGGGUCUGGGGAGAGAAAGACGGCGGCAACUCAUACCCAUGAAAGAGAGCGCGGCCAAAGGAGCCCCCUGGCUCAAGGAAGAUAAAGAGAUGUGAUUACACGUGAAAGAUAACUUAAAGGCCUAUAAAAAAAAAUAGAACCACUACAAAAAGAAAACAAAGAACUAAUAUAAAGGAAAUGAUAAAAGUAAGAGGUUAAGGACACUAAAAGGUAAACUAAGAGGAUAUCAGUAACCUGCCUAUUUCUAGAAAAAGAAAAAACCCCACCCCUAACCUGCCUUGUGCAGGAUACUAGGAUGGUCCUUAACCUUUUACCUAUUGAUAUUUUUAAGGUCAAAAUUAAUUAUUUUUUAUAAGUUAUAAUUGAUCAUAAUUUAUUAUUUUAAGAUUUUAAAUGAUCAUUUUUGGAUUAAAAUUGAAAUUUUUUAUAACAAAGCAGCCAUAAAAUCUUGAUCAUUUCUAGGAGUAUUAAUGAAUUAGUUGACAAACAUAAUUCGAGAUCAACAAUUCCUCCGCCUUCACAUCGAGGGUAAGCAAACACUACACCAACAACUUUAUUUCCAAAUCCAUUAUGAACAGAUCUGUUGGGGGAAGAGCAGUUCCACUAUAAUCGAUCGAUGACUAAAAAGUACAAGUACUCUUAUGGUUCCAUAAGAACUAUUAUGUUACAUCGAAUAAGAAUACUUAUAAUGUGCAAUGUUUUAUCCCUAUUAUUAACAGUGUUAUUGACCAUUCAUUUGUUGUUUGAAAUUUAAGCAUAGAAUAGUUUCAUUUUAUUACCUCCGUUCUGAAAUUGU